AAUAGCGUAACCGGAGGAGACGACGCCGAGCAGCUGGGCAGGAUCCGCCUCUUUCUUCCCUUGCGGCCGGGGCUGACAUUGUCUUAGCUCCGCACGACACAGGCUGCUGCUGCGCCCGGCUCCUUCCUUCCUCCUGCGCCAUCCGUCCCAGCCCGGCUGAGCCAUCCCCACAGAAUAUAAUGGCUACUUUACAAGAGAAACUGAUUACACCAAUUGCAGCAGAAUCCACCACCCCUAACAAUAAGAUCACCGUAGUGGGGGUUGGCCAAGUUGGAAUGGCCUGUGCCAUCAGCAUUCUUGGAAAGGGUCUUUGUGAUGAGCUUGCUCUGGUUGAUGUUUUGGAAGACAAACUAAAAGGAGAAAUGAUGGAUCUGCAACAUGGGAGCUUGUUCCUCCAAACUCAUAAGAUUGUGGCAGACAAAGAUUAUGCUGUCACAGCUAAUUCUAAGAUUGUGGUAGUAACUGCAGGAGUUCGUCAGCAAGAAGGGGAGAGUCGCCUGAACCUGGUCCAGAGGAAUGUGAAUGUCUUCAAAUUUAUUAUUCCUCAGAUUAUGAAGUAUAGUCCCAAUUGCACCAUCCUUGUGGUUUCCAACCCAGUGGAUAUAUUGACCUAUGUCACAUGGAAGCUAAGUGGGCUGCCCAAACACCGUGUGAUUGGAAGUGGCUGCAAUCUAGAUUCAGCUAGAUUUCGCCAUCUGAUGGCUGAAAAACUUGGCAUCCACCCCACCAGCUGCCAUGGCUGGAUCUUAGGAGAACAUGGUGAUUCUAGCGUGGCUGUUUGGAGUGGAGUGAAUGUGGCAGGCGUUUCCCUCCAGGAGCUUAACCCGGCCAUGGGUACUGACAGAGACAGUGAGAAUUGGAAGGAAGUCCACAAACUGGUGGUUGACAGUGCCUAUGAAGUGAUAAAACUUAAAGGAUACACUAACUGGGCCAUUGGCUUUAGUGUUGCUGAUCUAAUUGAGUCUAUGCUGAAAAAUCUGUGCCGGGUUCACCCAGUGUCAACCAUGGUAAAGGGCAUGUAUGGCAUAGAGAAUGAAGUUUUCUUGAGCCUUCCUUGUGUGUUAAGUGCCUCUGGAUUGACAAGCGUAAUCAACCAAAAGCUGAAGGAUGAGGAGGUGGCUCAACUCAAGAAGAGUGCAGAUACAUUGUGGAGCAUCCAGAAAGAUCUCAAGGAUCUGUAAUCUAUGAAUGUUAACUUCCAGCAGUGUAAAAACUGCAUAGUGUGUGCAUAUGUGGGCUUUCUAGUUACUGUACAUCUCUGGAGCUAACAUUUCAUUGAUCUUCCAAAAGUGAAAUGAGCUUUUGUCCACAGCAACUAAACAUAUGCUUGUUGUAAUGUGUAGACUUUAUGAACAAAUAAAACUAACUUUCGAACAUG